GGACAGGUCAGGAACAGGGAAAUGAAAAGACAGCGUUUCAGAGAGCAUAAGCAGCAUCCCCAUUUCUUUAAUUGUGAUGCUUUGCAUGCAAGAUGAGCUUGUUGGUAAACACGUUACAUGCACAAAGGGUGGCUCUGGGCCUGGGGCAGUCUGGAUCUGUAUAAAAGCCAGUCCAACUUUAGGCUCCUCGUCCACUUCUCUUGUCUUCUCCUCUUUGGUGAACAGGUGAACCUCCAUCUCGCAGCCAUGUCCUGCUACGACCUGUGCCAGCCCUGUGGCCCAACCCCUCUGGCCAACAGCUGCAACGAGCCCUGUGUCAGGCAGUGCCAGGACUCCCGGGUGGUGAUCCAGCCCUCUCCUGUGGUGGUGACCCUGCCCGGACCCAUCCUCAGCUCCUUCCCCCAGAACACCGCUGUGGGAUCCUCCACCUCCGCUGCUGUUGGCAGCAUCCUGAGUGAGCAGGGAGUGCCCAUCAACUCCGGGGGCUUCAGCCUCUCUGGCCUUGGUGGCCGUUCCUACAGCAGAAGGUACCUGCCCUGCUAAAGCCGGGCUGGACAUCCAGAGCUGCAUUGACCAGAAAGCCCAAGGCCUGGUGCUGGUUUGAGGACGGAUCUACUGAUCUGGGGUUCCAGAUUGACUGAUCAUCCUUGUACCCUGCUGCAAAAAGGGAAGGGAAUCAAGGUGCCAGCCCUUGCUGUCUGGAAACAUGGCCAAGUUAUGUUGUCUUCUUCAGCUGUUUUCUUCCCUGCAUAUUGAGUCCUUGUUUUCUCCUGCUGUUUUGUGCCACCAUUUCACUCUGCAGCAAGCUGAGAUGCCUCCCGGCCAUCAUCCUCUCCCUAUGUGUGUAGGAGGAAGACAUGUGGCCCACGGCUGUGAAGGGGUGCCUGACUGUUAGCUGCCCUUGUAGCAGCCUGCAUGUGGUCCCUUCCAUCAUGCCCUGCUUUGUUUCAUUCUUUAGACUCAUUAAAAUUUAUGUUGCAUUGUGA